CCUUUCUUCUUCUGCUUUGGCGGUAAUACCACAGGCAAACGGCAGCAUGGCAAAAUCUGUGCUUGAACUGUUGAGGGAGGCUGCUGCUGCCCUCGAACGGCAAAACCAGCGGGAAGUAACUGCGGGUGUAGACAAUAAUCCCACCACAUCUUCAUCAACAACACCGUCUGCUCCUGAGGGUCGCACCGCUCGAGCCGAAGUCUUGAGGUUGUUCAGCCCUUACCCUCCACGAGGUGUACCACGGAGGUCAAUCCCACCAGCCAAUACCAAGAAACCAAAAAAAACCACAUACACACACAUUUUUUUCUGUUUGGCAAAAAGAAAGGACUGUAAUAUCCCAAAUCCAAAAAUGAAAAAAUUGCUUCAACAGGCAGGAUUAGGAGAGAGGAGAAUUACAUUCCCAGAUCGAUCUUGUAGUGCAACUGAGUUUUCAGAUCACCUGCAGUUGUCCUUUCCUCAAUUGAAGCACUGUGGUGGGUUUCAACUGUUGAGGAGCCGUGGUUCCACAAGGUCCAGGGUUUUGGAUGUCCUUCCAUGCUCAAAGGAUGGAUAUACUCCAGAGUUCUUGUGUAACAAAGAACUUGGAGUUGGGGCAGCUGUGAUCUACAUUAGACCACUCCAAAAAGAUAUUGUUCUGGAGAACACUCCCAGUGCAACCACCUCUGUUCAGAGUACUGGACCUACGGUGGAAUGUGUCUACUGCACAGAUACAUUCACGCACUCUGAGAUCGAAGGCCACAUCGACUCUUGUGAGAAAAAACAUAACUCUGAUUUGAACGCUGAGGAAACCUCAGAGAGUACCGCGUCAGGGAGCUCUGGAAUGAGCCAACCAGGAACCUCUGAUGCUACCUCAUUAAGCAGCCACAGUCAGAGCGAAGCAAAUUACAGUAGCUUUGAAGACUGGACAACCGAGCCAAAUAUUUACAAAGCAGCCAACCUGUUUCGACAGCACUUGAUUCACAAUGCUGAACUCAAGCCAGAGUUGGUUGCAAGGCUUGAUCUCAGAACUACUGAGGAAGAUCGGGAAAGGGAGAUUCUUACCUUCUACAAGAAGCAAGGAAUUGACUGGGCAAGCCCAUUUUCUGUAGUACUGGGUGGUGAUGCUGCUGUUGGGGACGGGGUGAAACGUCAUUUUCUUUCGAUGGUCAUAGAAAAAAUUCAGUUUGGAUUUGACCUCAAUCUUGAGAACACUGGCAGAACUCUUCUGUUCAAUGGGGCUGAUGAUCACAAUGUCCCAUCUACAUCCAGAGCCCUGAUAGAUGGAGAUCUUUUCAGAGUAGCUGGUCGUGCCAUAGGACAUUCCUUUAUUCACGGAGGUCCCUCCUUCACAGGACUGAGCCCAGCAAUGCUGCAUUUAAUUGUUGGAAGUAAUGAGGAGUCUGCUGUAUUUGAGCUUUCAGACUGCCCAGAUACAGAUGUUGUUGAAGUGGUGUCUGUACUUGAGAGUCAAAGAGAACUGACUCCACAGGAGGAAUGUGAGGUGAACAACCUGGCCUUCUGCUGGGAUCUUCCACCCAUAAAUAAGAACAACAGGAGGUGGUUGUCUGAAAAAAUCCUACGUCAUGCGGUCAUUGAACGGCGUCAAACACAAAUAAAACAAAUACGCAAGGGGCUUAAAGACAGUGGUGUUUUCAACAUGAUUAAACAGCGCCCCGCCCUAGCCACAGUGCUUUUCCCAAGAACUGCAGAGCAAAUUAUGGACUCGCAGACAAUCUUGAAAAGGAUCAUUUGGCCAAUGCCAGAUAGUGAGGAUGAGGAUGAUCACGGCAGCAUGGAGGAGGGUCUUCUCGGGAACUACACCAACUCCUGA